ACAAGAAAUACCAUCUCUCUAAAUACCCCUUUUAUUACUUAUCAUCUCGAAGUUUUACCAACGAUAUGCACGUGGAAACACAGAUGAAUUGCUGAACUGGUGACAAAGAAGAAGCAAUAUGGCACUUACUUGGACUCAUAAAGACAGAGGUGAAAUUAGGGUUCAUGAGAAUUUGGAGGAACUAAGCAUAGACUUGGUAGAUUAUAUAGCUGAGAUAUCAGAAGCCUCAAUUAAAGAACAUGGUGUUUUCUGCAUUGUGUUAUCAGGAGGUUCUCUCAUCAACUUGAUGGGAAAGUUGGUCGAGCCUCCUUACAACAAGAUUGUGGAUUGGGCUAAAUGGUAUGUUUUUUGGGCGGAUGAGCGCGUGGUAGGUAAGAACCAUGACGAUAGCAACUACAAGCUCGCCAAGGAUACUCUCCUCUCUAAGGUAAAUGUGUUUCCGAGACAUAUAUGUUCUAUUAACGAUACGGUCUCGGCUGAGGACGCUGCAACAGAGUAUGAGUUCGCUAUCAGGCAGAUGGUAAAAACACGAACCGUGAUUGCGUCUGAGAAUAGCGACUGUCCAAGGUUUGAUCUCAUUUUGCUUGGGAUGGGCUCUGAUGGACAUGUAGCCUCCCUCUUCCCGAACCACCCAGCACUUGAGGUGAAGGACGAUUGGGUUACAUUCCUAACUGACUCACCUAAACCGCCACCAGAGAGAAUCACAUUUACUUUGCCAGUCAUUAACUCAGCUGCUAGUGUUGUUGUGGUUGCAACCGGCGAAUCCAAAGCCAAUGCUGUUCACUUAGCGAUAGAUGAUUACCUCACUAGAAACUCUCCUUCCCUGCCUGCUAGGCUGGUCCAGCCAAGCAGUGGGAAUCUGAUCUGGUUUAUGGAUAAACCAGCAGGAUCUAAACUCGACGGGUUUAAAUUCUCUGAGUAGAAUUUAGAUUAUCUUCUUUGUUCCAAAAAGCAAAUGGUUCUUAAUAUCAUUGAUGACCCAUUUUGUAUGAAGAGCAUCCGGUUUAAAAACAUUGAUUUUUGUUUUAA